GUUAAGUUAAACUCUGAUCAUUCAAACUUAUUCCAGUACAUGCAUAUAGUGUACAAUUGGCAAGUAGCCUUCUUGCAAUUCUUAUAAAACUACAUAGUGUAUAUAUUUCCUUCUAGUUGGUACCUCCUACAUGAGAAUGGCAUGCCGAGAAAAAAUAAAACCUUUCUGUAGACGACAAAAAUUAAAUUCCAACUUUAAAUGCAGCAAACAAUGCUCCCAGUAUCCUGAUAAAGUAAUGAAGGGUGGAACCUUUAUAUCAAGAACUGGAGAAGAAAUUCGCAACAAAAAUGCCGAAGCUGGAAAUCCGUCGCUCCUGCAAAAUAAUGAACAGACGGUUAAAGUUGUGGAACCAGUUGCUGUGGUGGCUGCUUCCUCAGGUGCACAGUCGAAAAGACGAUGGAAUCUAGAUGACUUCGACAUCGGUCUCCCUUUAGGAAGAGGUAAAUUUGGUCAUGUUUAUAUGGCACGUGAAAAGCAAAGUGAAUUUAUCGUAGCUUUGAAAAUAAUAUUCAAAUCAGAUGUACAGCUACAUGAUGUUGAACAUCAAGUCAGAAGAGAAUGCGAAAUACAGUCUCACCUGAGACAUCGCAAUAUUUUACGACUGUACGGAUAUUUUUAUGAUGAAAAACGAAUUUAUUUAGUGCUUGAAUAUGCUCCUGGCGGUGAACUCUAUAAAAAGUUACGCAAGUGCAAAUAUUUUGAUGAAAAGACUACUGCUAUGUACAUCUUCAAAAUUGCACAAGCAUUAAAAUAUUGCCAUUCAAAAAAUGUAAUUCAUAGAGACGUGAAACCCGAGAACUUGCUUUUGGGUCGAGAUGGAGAAGUGAAACUUUCUGAUUUUGGCUGGGCAGUCCAAGAUCCAACAUUUCGACGGAACACUUUGUGCGGAACUCUUGAUUAUCUAGCUCCCGAGGUACUGAGAAAUCAAACUUAUGAUGAAAAAGUAGAUGCUUGGUGCUUAGGAGUUUUGUGCUUCGAAUUUCUUGUUGGGAGACCUCCAUUUCAAGCCAGAAAUACAGCAACAACUUUUGACUUGAUUCGGAAAACUAAUUUGAUAUUUCCAUCUAGUAUGACAGUUGGAGCAAAGAAUUUCAUUUUGAAGUUACUUAAAAAGAAUCCAGCUGAAAGAAUGAGCAUGGAUGAAGUUUUGAAUGAUCCAUGGUUGAAGAAAAAUGGCUGCCAAAAAUGAAAUAUUAACGGCUGGAUUUGAGAAAUUAUUCAUUGGUUAUGCAAGAAAAAAGUUUAACGCUUAUUCAGUUCAUUUUAAAUAUAGGAUAUUUUAUUUAACUGAAGACAGUUCGUAAUUUUAUAUGUAAAGGGAUUUUAAGUAAUAAAAUUUUAUGAGGUCUAGACACGAAUCUUGUUCAAAUUUAAACAAUUUUAUGAGGUCUAGACACGAAUCUUGUUCAAAUUUAAACAAUUUUAUGAGGUCUAGACACGAAUCUUGUUCAAAUUUAAACAAUUUUAUACUACAUAGCAUAUUACACAAAACUAUAUAUAUUUAAUCCCUAGCUUCUCAUAAGUUUUAGAUUUCUCAAAAUAUUAAAUUAGCUCAACAUUCAUGAGAAAAAUGAAAAAUGAACACUCUAACCAAGUCACACGACAGAAUACCAAACUUAAGUUUAUAAAUUACAUAAAAUGACUAAAAGGAAUUCGUAUGAAAAAAUAUAAAGUGAUUUGCAUUUAAUAUGUUAUUAAAAUCUGCAAUGUCUAGUUGUCUAACAAAAACAUAUAUUUUGGAUGAAGAAAAUGAAUAAAUUUAUAUUUUUUACCUAGCAUUACACUGUUGCUAAUUUAACUGCAGAAAGUUCCAUGUGUUUUAAAGAAACGUAAGAUUCCUUUUUGACAUUAGCAAAUGUUCUACACAAGCACACUGCUACAAAAGUAUGAUGAUGCAAAUAGACUGUUGAGAGAUAAAGAAACGUUCUUUGUUUAAAACCUUGUUGUCUGACUUGUCCUUCUUUAUGUUUGGUUUUCACUGAAAAAUAUUUAAAUUGAAAAAAGCGCUUUUCUUUUCCUAAUGUUAAUUUCGAUGUAAUCUGGAUUAAAUAAACCAUAAAUUUA